GGGCUGAGUGGUGCUCCAGGGCAGAAGGCAGAUCCUGGAUCCCCUGGGUCAGACAGGUCUGAGAGCUUACUCGGGGUUGGUAGGAAGGUACGGUCCUGGAAGGAACAUGGGAAAAUCUGGUGGAAAAGGCGACAAAGUGUUCUAUGGGUAUCAUAGGGCGCUGCAGGAACAAAUGGGCCGCCAGGUCCAAAUGGUGCUAUUGGGUUACCGGGAGUGAGAACCUGGAGUUAAAGGGAAUCCAGGCAGCCCUGGGAAGAUUGGAUCAAUGGGCGUUUCAGGCCCAAGUAAGAAGAAAGGAGAGCCUGGAACAAGAGGCAGAAUGGGGUCAUUGGGUCAGCCAGGAGCUGUGGGUCCUCGCGGACUAAAGGGAAAACCAGGAUCUUCAGGGCCUUCAGCGGAAAAAGGAGUCAAGGGUCAACCAGGGCCAAAAGGCCAUGUUGGUAUUAGAGGAUUGCAAGGGCCCAGUGGACCACCAGGAGAAAAGGGAAAGCAAGGUGCUCCAGGGUACAAAGGACGACCUGGGCUGAAAGGCAUACAGGGUGUAGCUGGUGCUUGUGGGCCUCCUAGUGGCAAAGGAUUCCCUGGUUCACCUGGUCCAACUGGAAGGAAGUGUCUGAAAGGAAUUCAGGGAAUAUCAAGACAGAAAGGUGUGAAAGGUCAGAGAGGACUUCCUGGAAAACCAGGUGUUCCCAUCCAGCAGAUACCAGGGCAUCAUAAUCCACCUCAAGCUCCAAGAAAGAGGAUCACAAAAUAAAGCAAGGUUAUUACCCAGAAAGUCUCGAUUUGAUAACCCUGAAGAAGAGACUGAGGAAAGUAGCCGCUCGCAAAACAGCACCAAAGACAAACCAGCAAACACCUGCAGAGAACUCUGUCUCAUCCAGCCUCACCUCAGAGAUGGUAACAGCACAGGUGAGGGUUCUUGGGAAUUUGGACCUCCACGGAGGGGACAUACAACUCCUUCCCAUAAGAGAUGUUCUUUUGCAGGGUGGAGGAGAAACCUGGGAAGGAGAUCCGAGCAUUGUCCUUGGACAUUUGUGCUUUUUAUAGAAUCUUUCCAAAAUUAGAUUCCAUUCACAGAGCACCUGGGAGGAGUGCAUUGUUCCCACGAUGUAUGCUACAAUUAGGCUUUGAAUAUUGUAUAAUAAUGUAAGCUAGAUUAUGAUUAGUGAAUUUGUUCUCCGGGUUUAUAUUAUUCAGAUUAUUGUUACACUGAAAGUGGUGCAAAAACUGUGUGUUUGUCUGUGAGAGCAUGUCAGUUUAUCUAGACUUGUGUGUCAGUGGGUUGUGAGUAUUUAUGUAAUGAUUUAUGUAAGUUUGUAAGAUUUUGUUAUGGAGGAAAAGAUCAUUUAUUAAACCUUUACCUGGUGCCUCUUUUUUAACUGAUAUAAAAAAUAAAUUAAACCCUAUAGGGCAUUUGUACUUUAUAUAUUGCAGAAAUGUUCUCAUGAAAAAUAUGUCAUGAAAUUCUCAGUAUUUUUGCCAUCUUCCUAAAUGAUGCAAUAAACAAC